AUGUUCAAGAUUGGAUUAAGGAGCAACUGCAUUUCAAGAGCUUUUCUCACUAAAAGCUCCAUCAGGAAAUUUUCUGCGAGUAAACUAGAAGGCAAAAUAGCAUUAAUCACUGGCGCAGCAAGUGGUAUUGGAAAAGAAACAGCAAAAAAAUUCAUAAACAACGGCGCAAAAGUAGUGAUUGCCGAUAUUCAGACAAAACUGGGCAAAGAAACAGCCACAGAACUUGGAACCCAUGCCAGCUUUAUUUCAUGUGAUGUCUCAAAAGAAUCUGACAUUGCACAUGCAGUGGAUUAUGCAGUCUCUAACUAUGGUCAACUUGAUAUCAUGUUUAAUAAUGCAGGAAUUGCCUGUCACACUCCACCGACCAUAGUCGACCUUGAUCUUGCUGCAUUUGAUCGAGUCAUGUCCAUCAAUGUUCGAGGAGUGGUGGCCGGGAUCAAGCACGCAUCCCGGGUUAUGAUUCCCCAGGGACAUGGAUCAAUUUUGUGCACUUCGAGUAUCACAGGAGUGUUGGGAGGGUUGGCGCAGCACACGUACUCAAUAUCCAAGUCGACGGUUGUAGGAGUUAUGAAAUCUGCAGCGGCAGAGCUGUGCAGGUAUGGUAUCAGAAUCAACUGUAUAUCACCCUUUGCCAUUCCGACACCGUUCGUGAUCGAAGAAAUGAGAGUGUACUUUCCCGGGGUUGAUGAUCAGGGGCUCGCGAAAAUGAUACAUGAUAAUGGAGUGUUGAGGGGAGCUAUUUGUGAACCAGAAGAUAUAGCUAAUGCUGCUCUUUAUCUAGCAUCUGAUGAUGCCAAAUAUGUUAGUGGGCAUAAUCUUGUAGUAGAUGGUGGUUUUACUUCAAUUAAGAAUUUGAGUUUUCCCGUAUCAAAUGAAUUCGAAAGUGAAGAAUGA